CAGAAGGUGCAAGGAGACUCCAAUGCAUCGUGCGGUUAGUCUGCCUGAGUGUUUGUACCCGUUCAUUAACAAACUAUCACGAUCCAAUCUAACAUUUUGGACGUAAUUUCAACACGCCGCCCGUGUGCACAAUGAAGUGUGUCUUUGCGCGCAGGAAGCCGUCUGGUUUCGUGAUGCUGGCACUACUUCUUGCGAUAUAUCUCGCGUAUAACCAAACUGGUGAUCUUACCAACCAUGCGGUAACACGUGCCCCGACGUACAGGAACUCCACUGACAGUUUUCGGGUCGAAGAGGUGAUACUAACGCGUGCGAUUCAGAAUAGAAGUGUGAUAAGAUCGCUGUACUACGCGCCCGUUGGUCAACGCCCAACAAACCAGAAGUAUCACAGACACUGGGAUGUCAACUGCUCUGGUCUAUUUGCUGGAAAUGGGACAGUUAUCAAGAAUGUGAGCGAAGAAAUACGACAGGAGCGACAGAAGGAAUCCUUGAUGCCUUCGGAUAGCACAGUGGUGACAUGGACGGAUGAGUGUGCAUUAUUUACGAGACAGAGAGGUUAUCCUACGAUACCUAACUCGGAAGAAGAGGCAAGUUUCCCGCUAGCUUAUAUCAUUGUAAUUCAUAAGGGAUCUGCCCAAGUGGAGAGACUAUUGAGGGCGAUUUACCAGCCGCAGAACAUUUACUGUCUGCACCCGGAUUCCAAAUCAUCCAAGGAGUUUCAUCAAGCGAUGGACGGUCUCGCAAAUUGCUUCGCUAAUGUCUUCAUAGCUUCUAAACUCGAAGACGUGCAGUACCCCGGGCUUACGCUUCUGCUGUCCAACAUCAACUGCAUGAGGGAUCUGACUGAACAACCCGCGUCCGGUUACCAGUGGAGGUACGUCAUGAACCUAUGCGGGCAAGACUUUCCCUUGAAGACCAACCUAGAGAUUGUCCGGCAGUUAAAGGCGUACAACGGCCACAAUGGUAUCCGAUCCAUUGUCCCAAACAACUUGGAGAAGAGAAAUAGAACCCAGUUUCAAUUCAUUGUGCGAAACGGAACCGUUAUCAAAACUGAAAGCAGAAUGAGUCCUGCACCCCACCAACUGAAGGUUUACACCGGUUCAUCUUACUACGCUGUCAAAAGGGACUUCGUCAACUACAUCUUAAGGGAUUCAGUCGCCACCGACUUGCUGCACUGGACGAGAAACACAAAGAUGCCAGAUGAGACUUACUGGGCUACUCUGCAACGGGCACCGGGCGUUCCUGGAGGUGUACCUCAAGCACCCGAACUAAUCAGACCAUUGAAUAUCCGUUACGUCAAUUGGUACUCGAGUAGACCGCAUACAUGCCGUGGCACUUUUGUGCGCGAGGUCUGCAUCCUCACAAUCGGAGAUCUACACUAUGUCCGGAAACAACCGCAUCUGUUUGCCAAUAAAUUCUAUUACCAGGACGACCCGGUGACCUUGCAAUGCCUCGAGACGGUGCUAGACUUUAGAGUUCGUCACCCCGAAGAGUCAACGAAGUUACCCGGGUUUCCCGUCCAGUACCCCGAUUAAAUUUCCCCCUAUCUCUGCACUGACGAAUGAAGAAUAUCAUUACUAAGAGAGCACAACAUGGUUACUAAACAGGUAGUGGUGGGCACUGCCGCUGGAAAAAAACUUUUGCCAGGGGGUGCUGGAAUUUCUAAAGGACGGACAAAAUUAAUGCGAAAGUGGAGCGCAAAGCCUUUACGUCGUGGCUUAAUUUGGAAUACGGGAUGCUCUGUGGUGCAAUCUGAGGCGAUUCCUGGUCACUUUCAUGUGACUUUUUUUAGCAAAGGUUUUUUGAGAAU